AUGGCCUCUGCACGCUCCUUGAUGCGCCUGGGUGCCGGCCGCUCGAUGGCUUCGGCCUCCCGGUCUAUGGCCCCUCGCGCUUUUUCGUCGUCCUCGCUGCAGUAUGCCGCCAAGGCGUCAACACAACCGGGCGCCCCGGAGCCUGAGAACAUGCGCCAGGCGCAACGGCCUCCCCAGGGACCCCUCCGUGCCCCCGUUGUCAACCCUACCGACAAGUACCAGGACAAGGCUGACAGCCUGCACACGUACGGACAGUACAUCAUGUCUUGCCUUCCGAAAUAUAUCCAGCAAUUCACCGUCUGGAAGGAUGAACUCACCGUGUACACUGCGCCCGCUGGUAUCGUCCCCGUCAUGAGCUUCCUGAAGAACCACACCGCGGCCGAGUUCACCCAAAUCUCCGAUAUUACUGGUGUCGAUUUCCCCACCCGUGACCAGCGCUUUGAGGUCGUCUACAAUCUUCUUAGCGUCCGCUAUAACUCUCGUAUUCGGGUAAAGACCUAUGCCGACGAGGCCACCCCUGUUCCCAGUGUGACUGGUCUGUUUGAGGGAGCUCUGUGGUACGAACGCGAGGUCUACGACAUGUUCGGUGUCUUCUUCACCGGCCACCCCGAUCUGCGCCGUAUCAUGACCGACUACGGAUUUGAUGGCCACCCACUGCGCAAGGAUUUCCCCUUGACUGGUUACACCGAGCUCCGCUACGAUGAGGAGAAGAAGCGCAUCGUCAUUGAGCCCCUUGAGCUCACUCAAGCUUUCCGCAACUUCGAGAGCGGCUCUACCGCAUGGGAGCCCGUCGGUCCUGGCCAGAACCGGACGCCCGGCUCAUUCACCCUCCCCACCCCCAAGCCCGAACCGAAGGAGGAGGAAAAGAAAUAGAAAGGG